GCAUGCCAGCAUGCAUGUAAUAAAGAACAGUUAAUAACUAGCACUCGAAAAGUUUAUGAUCUGUAAUAAUUGGCGAUCAUAGCGGGAAGUACCAGCUUCCCGACCAUGGCGAAAACCGGCUCCCGUCGAAUCGUCCAACAGCACCAACAGUCUAGCGGAAUCGGAACCAAGUCCGCUCAACCGUUACCUGGGCUGCAUACUGCCAAGUAUCAUUUGUUGACGAAUCUUCUUCUGUCACUGGACGACCUGGAGAGUGCAAUGCACCAAGCAGCCAGUGUGCACUAUUUUCCCCUGUGGAGAAUAGGGGUAUCAGCAUGAACCAACAGCUGAGUUCCGGAAGCGGUUGCAUCACCGUAGGAUGUGACCUGGGUUAUGCUCCACUCAGAAGGGGUAUUUAUAUACAGGGCGGUUGAGAAGAGAGACCGGGAAAACCACUUGUUGUAUUUAGGAAGCAACAGCUUAACAAGUCGAAAGUGCUUCUCGUUCUUUAGCACAAUGACCGACAACCACGUCAGCAGCGGCCCGCCUGGCAACGCAGAGACGACGCAGCACCAUCCUGCUGUAGAAGACAAUGACAUCCUUGCAGCGGACAAUGUUUCAGACGAUGAUGCCUCGCUGAACCGUGAAAGCAUUGCUUCGUCAACCACAAGCGUGACCAGCUCGGUCCUUGAUUACCGUAUCGAGAACGGACGCACAUAUCACAGAUACAAGGAUGGAAAAUACGCGAUGCCCAACGACGAAAAGAGAAUGAUAGACUCGACUGACCGGGUAGAUCUGCAACAUAACCUCAUGCUCCGGACAUUUGACGACCGUCUCGGAACCGCGCCACAAAGCAAAAAAGACCACAAGGUCGGGCGGGUUCUCGAUGUUGGGACCGGCUCCGGCAUCUGGGCUAUCGACUUCGGCGACGAACACCCCGAGGCCGACGUGAGUCGGGGGCACCUUGCGCCUUCUGAAAAUGCCAACCUGAGCCCCGGCGGCUACCUUGAACUAAACGAAGUCGACGCGCUCCCCAUAUCCGACGACGGCACCCUCACAGAGGACUGCAACCUCAAGAAGAGCUUCAAAAUGUGGGCUGAGGGCCUCGCGGCGCUCGGAUCGCCCUUUGAAAAGUUCGCCCGCAUGGAGAGCGUCCUGAAGGAGGCCGGCUUUGAAUACGUCCACAUCCAGCGGUUCAAAUGGCCGACCAACAGCUGGAUCAAGGACUCGAAGCACAGGAAGCUCGGCAUCUGGAACUACGAGAACCUCGCGUCCAACCUGAAGAGCAUGUUCCUGGCGUCCUACACGCGGGGCCUGGGCUGGACCAAGAAGGAGGUCAUGGUAAUGGUGAUGAAGGCGCGAGAGGACUUUACUGACCGGAUCAUCCAUGCGUACUUCAACAUCUGCUCUAUUUAUGGAAGAAAGCCCGUCCAAGUUGAGGAAAACUAG